AUGCCUCCCGGGGGUCCCAUGGACUUUCAGGCCCUGAUCCUGUGUGGUCCUGGAGGUUCACUCAAUACAUUCACCUCCAAACCCGAGGAGUACCCAAAGUGUCUCAUCCAAGUCGCCAACAGACCCAUGGUAUUCUAUGCAAUUGACUUCUGCAGACGAUCAGGUAUCACUGACAUCACAUUGAUCACUCCUCCACUGUCCUACCCUCCCCUUCGGGCCGCUUUGGACCAAAACCCAUACCUUACAUCAUUCUACUCACCUCCAGUCUCGAUCGUCGCACCAAAAGGCCUCGAGAUGACAAUGGGAACAGCCGACCUGCUCCGUCUCCUAGAAGUCCAGAGAUGUAUCACCACCAAUUUUCUUCUUCUCCCCUGCGAUAUCAUUUGCGAAAUCCCGGGUGAGUUAAUCCUCGAGGCAUGGAUGGCCACACAAUGUGUCGUCGGCGAAGGCGACAACAACGAUUCCAAAAGCGCCCGCCAACGCCCUCCUCCAACCAAGUCAUUCUUCGAUCGUCAGCUAGAACCUCGCUCCGGCGGCCUCGCCGUGUACUACCAAACCGAAAACCGAGAGGAGAGCAUCCAAGAAGAAGCAACUGACUUUGUAGCCAUUGCACCGCUCGAGCGAGACGAAGGACCCAUGAUCCCACCCCCCGAGGGCUCGCCAGCCCCACGGUUCGGUCUAUCCAAGCUCCUCUUGACAAUGCCGAUGGAUACAAUUAAGGAGAGAAUGGAACACGACAAAGGGCUACUCAUUCGUCAUUCUCUCGUCCAGAAUUUUCCACGCAUCCGGAUGCUCACUACCUCCCGCGACGCCCAUAUCUACGUCUUCCCAUACUGGGUCAAAGACCUGGUCCACCACCAAAACAAACUGGAAUCCGUCAGCGAGGAUCUAGUCGGCGCCUGGGCUAAAUCAGCAUGGCAAAAGGGUCUCGGCGACAAACUAGGAUUGACCACUGACUUCAACCAAGACAUCAACGACCAGGGAUGGUCCAGCCUCGAAAGUAGCCAUACUGGCGCAUUCGUCGACAAAGUAAUCGACCUCCGCGAGAUGAGUACUACCAGAAAUCGCUUGACCUCCCAAAUGCAGGCGGAUCAGCUUCAUCCAUUUGCUGCUACUGAACUGCCACUAAUGCUAGCAUAUGUCCACCGAGGCCCGACCCCGUUCAUCCGACGAGUCGAUAGCACAGGCGUUCUUCUUUCGACUUCCCUUUUCCUGGCAAAAUUGCCGUCUAUCGAGGAAGUUGGCCGCCAGGCAGCUUCGCCUUUUGCGCAUGCUCACAAGGUUGCUUACCCCGAAGGAGUGACUUCGCCUAGUAAUAUUACGAAGAAGGAUUGCCUGCUCGGUGAGAACGUCAUUGUCGAAUCGGCUGCUGUUAUUAAGGAGAGCGUGAUUGGUGCAAACUGCCAUAUUGCUGCUUCUGCGCGCAUUAUUCGGUGCGUUUUGAUGGAUGGUGUUGUCGUCGAGUCCAGGGCUCAAUUGACCGGGUGCGUGAUUGGUCGACGAGCUCAGAUUGGUCGUGAAUCUGUGCUGAAGGGAUGUGAGGUCCAGGAUGCUAAUGUGAUUCCCAAAGGAACGAUUGCCAGGGAUGAGAAGUUUAUGGUUUCUGAGACUUUUUCUCUGGAGGGGGUGUGA